AUGGAUGUGAAGAUUCGGGGUGGAAAGGCUUCCGCCGCUCUUGCGCCUCCCCACCACGUGCCGCGCUUCGGGAAGAGUAACAUAGAGAUUUCCAUCCCGCAAGAUGCGGCCGACGAACACGCAUACCCUCCAGAGGCCGUUCAGGUCCGCAAUACCUUCAUCCAUGUCGCUAGUCCAGGACAGGGUGCCACAGAGGAAAUCGCCAAGAACGCCCUCUCCUGCCCGGCAAGCCAUGUGGGAUGGAUCCAGAAGCUUUUUACAGAGGACGACGAGGCUUGCCAGGUUCCCAAGGCAGCGAAGCCCGUUAUCAGCUUAGAGGAGACGCUCAUCUUCGAUGUUCCCAACACUCCGCACGAGGAGCCUUUGGCGCCAAGUACUUACACCAACCGGGAUCAUGGCAAGCAGUGGCUGGCGACACAACCGCCGCAACAGCCUCUGCCACCUGUGCAUGAUGCAGGGCUGUGUCCUCCUCGGCCUCCUGUCCCGUGCGAGCCCCCAGCCGCUUGCUACGCAGGGGCUGAGGAAGCAUACUUGCCUUACAGGAUGUACGAGGAGCCGUGGCUGCCGGCACCCGCGCCGAUGCACGAUCCGCACAUGUGCCCGCCCCCGCACCCCGUCCCUUGUGAGCCAAACCCCCAGUUCUAUCAUCCUCCCCCAGAACAGCCCCAUGCUCACGCACCACCAAUGCCACUUCCGCCAAUUCCAUGCGAAGCCACUCACGGUUUCUACCCUCAUCCCCCUAUGCACGAUCCCCACAUGUGCCCUCCCCCCCAUCCAGUUCCAUGUGAGCCGACUCAAGGAUACUACCCACCUCCGGAGGCACCUCAUGCACACCCCUUGCCAAUGCCAUGCGAGCCCCCGCAUGGGUUCUACCAUGAGGAGGCGCGAAGACCCAUGAUGCCGGUUCCGUGCGAGCCAAGGCCCAGAUUCUACCAUCCACCCCCAGAGGAGCCGCGCGGACCCAUGAUGCCGGUUCCAUGUGAGCCCAGACCUGGAUUCUAUCAUCCAGCACCAGGGCCUAUGAUGUCGGUCCCAUGCGAACCCACUCCUGGCUUCUACCAUCCUCCACCACUGCCACCCCCAUGCGAGCCUACCCCAGGGUAUUACCACCCUGCCCCUGAGGAUCCACGCGGCCACAUGAUGCCCCUUCCAUGCGAGCCCAACCCUCAGUACUAUCGCCACCCCCACGAAGAGACCCGAGGCCAUACCAUGCCGGCACCCGUUGAGCCGACUCCCUACGUCUACCCUCCGUGCCCAGAGGAUCCCAGGGGUCCCCUGGCCACCUAUCCCAAGGAGGCGCAGGAAGCUUGCCGACGCGACUGGCAGAUUCCUCCUCUAGAGACGCAGGUUCGGCCACAGGAGGAAGCCGUUCCCAAGCGCUCUGUGGAGGAUCUCCCCACGUGCCCUCCGUCCAUCCAAGUGCCCUCAGCUCCGGCGCCCGGCUCCGCGGAGCUGCCCAGCAUCGGGUCUGAGGGCCACGCCUCCGGCGAGUGCCGCCCUUGCGCCUUUUUGUAUGCCAAGGGUUGCCAGAAUGGCGCAAUGUGCCUUUUCUGCCACUUGUGUGAUAAAGGCGAGAAGAAGCGGCGACAGAAGGCGAAGAAGGCAUCCUUCCAGGGUGGCGCCUGA